AUGGAAAAUGACUUGAUGAAGAAUAUAAUCAUCAUUAGAGUAAGUGAAGACCUCUCCUACUUGACCAAACUUGGCUGGUUCAACGAGCAAGGUGGUGGCUCCCUCAGAAGCAUCCUUCUAAGGUCCCUUUUGUCUGAGCCCACAUUCAAAGUCACAGUCCUCACCAGAGAAUCAUCCAAAGCGCGCGGCAGUAUCCCUUCGACCGCGUCUGUAAUCACCAUCGCCGACUCCUACCUACUUGAGAACCUCAUUAAGGCCUUCAAGGGCCAGGAUGCAGUCGUGAACGCGAUCACCAGUUUCUCUGUCGCCGAGCAGCACAAAUUUAUUGACGCCGCGAUCGCCGCCGGGGUCAGGCAUUAUGUGCCUUCUGAGUAUGCGCUGGAUAACAAUACGCCCGAAGCGCAGGAACUAUCACCCGUAUUCAAAGACAAGGCGACGGUGCAGCAACAUGGAUACACCGACUCAUGGCUGAUUGUGCCAAGGUCCCCGCGCAAUAGCUUCCCCGGCUUACACUAUCCCAGCCGUAUCAUCACCUUCACCGACGACGGCGAGGGUUCCUUUUCCACGACCACGCUGGACAACACGGCUCUGGCGCUGAACCGCGUCCUCCUCAAUCCCAGCACGACGGCCAACCAAAUUAUCUUCACCAGUGACUUUGCCACCACACAAAAGGAGCUCGUUGAGACGAUCGAGCGACUCACUGGCGAGAAAUGGGAGCGCAAGUCGAUCAGCACCAACGAGGCUAUUCCUGCUUUGAAGAAACGAUGGGAAAAUGGUGAAGCGUAUGCAGGAUAUGGCCUCAUUAACAUCGGUUUUACCAAGGGAACCUACAGUGGCCACUUUGAGCCUGUCGGGCAAGUGAGGAACAAGGAGUUGGGGCUGCUAAAGAAAAACCUUGAGCAGGUGGUGAAGGAGGCUUUGGCCGAGGUGGGACAUCCUGGGUUUUGUUCCUAA